UAGACAUUGUUCAUUCUUUGCUGUCUUAGUUUAGACAUUAUGCGAGAGGGAGACAAGAAACAGAACCGGGCUCUAGACUUUAACCAGCUCGAGGUUUUGUCAUUACUAGGUCGUGGAGCUAAAGGGGUUGUGUUCUUGGUUAAAGACGAAGAAGCAAGAUUGCUUGCUUUGAAAGUUAUACUCAAGGAAGCCAUCAAGAAGAAGAAGAAGAAGGACAUAGAGAAUCAAGAUGAGUACAAACGUGUAAGUUUCGAGCAAGGAGUCUUAAGCAGUUUCGAUCAUCCUCUCUUUCCUUCUCUCCACGGCGUUUUAUCUACCGAUAAAGUCAUCGGUUACGCCAUCGAUUACUGUCCCGGUCGAGAUCUCACUUCUUUAAGGAAAAUGCAAUCGGAAAACAUGUUCUCCGACGAGAUUAUUAGGUUUUACGCGGCGGAGCUGGUGCUAGCUCUUGAGUAUUUACAUAACCAAGGAAUCGUAUACAGAGAUUUGAAACCGGAGAAUGUGAUGAUCCAAGAAAAUGGGCAUUUAAUGCUAAUCGAUUUCGAUCUUUCCACAAAUCUCGCUCCAAGAACGCCGCAACCGUCACCGUCGCCGUCUAAACCAUCGCCGGAGACGAGGAGGAGGAGAAAGAAACGUCUCUUUCGCUUCUCUAGCUUUUGUAACUCAGGGAUCUCGCCGGAGGAAGAAUCUGAUUCGGUUUGUUCAUCAUCAUCUACAUUGGUCGUAUCAGAUUCUUCAGUAGAGAAGUCUAAUUCUUUCGUCGGAACAGAGGAGUACGUAUCACCGGAAGUUAUCACCGGAGACGGUCACGAUUUCGCCGUUGACUGGUGGUCGUUAGGUGUAGUUCUAUACGAGAUGUUAUACGGAACGACGCCGUUUAGAGGAUCGAACCGGAAAGAGACGUUUUACCGGAUUUUAUCUAAACCGCCGAGUCUAACCGGUGAAACGACGUCGUUGCGUGAUUUGAUUAGAAGAUUGUUGGAGAAAGAUCCUAACCGUAGGAUCAACGUUGAGGAAAUCAAGGGUCACGAUUUUUUCAAAGGUGUAGAGUGGGAGGAAGUGAUAUUGGUUUCUAGACCGCCGUAUAUUCCGCCGCCGGAUAAUGACGGUGGUGAUAAGGGCAAAGAUGUAAAUACGAAACUUGACGUGGAGAAUAUAGUCCAAGAGAUUUUUGUUGCAAGAGAAGAACGUGAGAAACAGAGUGAUGAUGCUAAUCAUAUGAAAGCUAAAGGUGAAAAAAAUAGGAAAUGGGUUAAGGGGUUAAAUAAUAAUAAUCAUGAUUUGGAAACUGAUAACAAUUUUUUGGUAUUUUAAUUCAAUUUUUUUGGUUCGUUUUCUCUUAAACUGAAGAGAGAGUUUAA